AUGUCAGCCGACGCAUUACCGAAACCGGUCGUCUACUGCGGAGUGUGCAGUCUACCACCUGAAUACUGCGAGUUUGGUGGCACGACCAAGAAGUGUGAGGAAUGGCUGGCAGAGGCGCAUCCAGAUCUGCACGCGAAGCUGUAUUCAGCAGAAGCGCUACAGCAGAACAUGGCCUCGCUCUCCGUCGACGCCCAAAAACGCGCCGAGAAAGACGCACAGAAGAAAGCGGCCAAAGCCGCAACCGCCGAAGCACGAGCAGCUGAGACACGCGCCUCCUCCAAGAUCCUCAUCAAACGCAUAGAACGUAACAAGCGCAAAUACGUCACCGCCGUACAGGGUUUGGAAGCCUUCGGUCUCGACAUUAAGAAGGUUGCCAAGGACUUUGGCAAGAAGUUCGCUACGGGAUCAAGUGUGACCAAAAUCCCGGGUGGGGGCGAGGAAAUCACUGUGCAAGGUGAUCUGAGCGACGAUAUCUUGGAGUUCAUGGUGGAGAAGUACGAGGUACCUGAGGAUAACUGCGAGUUGGUAGAGGACAAGAAGAAGAAGAAGGCCGAGGGAGGUUGA